UGGUCGACCAGGGCGGUUCGAGAAAUCCGAGACUACUCACGUACGUGAAAAUAAUAAAAUAAAAUGGAUAGCAAAAGCAAUUCUUCGUCUGCUGCUGCAUUGACUGCGAAUCGAGUGAGGGAGCAGCUACCAGAUGAUUGGAAGAUCCUGCGAGAUGUUCACGAACUGCUGCAAAAGCAGAAUGCCUUCUGUGUGAGUCCCCAACAAUGGGGUGAACAGAAAAUUGUUGAGUUUGUGCAGCCGUCCGAGUUGAAGCAACUUAUCAAUCUCAAGAUUGAGGAAAAGGAAACGCACAGUCUGAGCGAGAUCGAGAAGCUUUGUCAGCUCGUGAUUCGGUAUUCGGUGAAAACUUCACACGGACGUUUUCACAAUCAACUCUUCGGACAACUAGAUCCAUAUGGACUAGCUGGUGCUUGGAUUACCGAAGCGCUCAAUACAAGCUCUUACACCUAUGAAGUGGCGCCUGUAUUUUCGCUGAUCGAGACCGAGGUAAUAUCAACAGUUUGCCGUUUGGCCGGCUACGACGAGGGCGUGGGUGAUGGCAUCUUUUCGCCCGGUGGCUCCAUGUCCAACAUGUACGGUGUGGUGUUGGCUCGCUAUAAGCGGGCCCCAGAGGUAAAGACAUCGGGCAUGUUUGGAAUGCGGCCGCUGGCAAUCUUUACCUCUGAGGAGUCACAUUAUAGUCUGAAGAAGGCGGCACAUUGGCUGGGCUUCGGGGCUGAUCACUGUAUCGCAGUACGCACAAAUGGUCGCGGUCAAAUGGAGUUGGGGGACUUGGAGUCUAAGAUAGAAGAGGCCAAGAGUCGUGGUUGGGAGCCGUUUUUCGUGAACGCCACAGCCGGCACAACAGUGUUGGGUGCCUUCGAUGAUCUCGAUGGUCUUGCCGAUCUCGCGGCGCGUCAUGGCCUCUGGCUGCAUGUAGACGCCUGUCUGGGUGGAUCUGCCCUGCUCGCCACCCAGCAUCGUUCGCUGCUCAAGGGACUGGCACGCGCCAACUCCUUUGCCUGGAAUCCGCACAAGACGCUGGGCGCACCGCUUCAGUGCUCGCUCUUCAUAACACGCGAGUCGGAUUUGCUGGCGCGCUGCAACAGCAUUGAGGUGAACUAUUUGUUCCAGCAGGACAAAUUCUAUGACGUCUCCUAUGACACGGGCAACAAGAGUGUGCAAUGCGGUCGCAAGAUCGACGCCUUUAAGUUCUGGCUAAUGCUGAAGGCUCGUGGCUAUAGCCAAUACGGCCAUCUGGUUGAUCAUGCCAUCAAUAUGGCCCGUCUGCUGGAGCAGAAACUGCGCGCACGUGCGGAUCGUUUCAGGCUGGUGCUCGAUACGCAUGAGUACUCCAAUGUUUGUUUCUGGUACAUUCCCAAGAACAUGCGGGGUCGCCAAGAGACCGCGGAGUGGUGGACACGUUUGUACACAGUGGCACCCAAAAUCAAGGAACAGAUGGCAUACAGUGGAACGGUUAUGGUUGGUUACACUCCCCUUGCCAGUCGAAAUCUAGGAAACUUCUUCCGCAUGGUCUUCACUUGUUUUCCAGUUUUAGAAGCAAACGAAUUGGAUAUUCUACUUGACGAGAUCGAGAAAUUGGGAGAGCAGUAGACAUAUUAACGCACUCCUUCCUUUUGCAUUUACAAUGUUUAUAAAAAAUAAUCUUAGAUAUUAAAAGCAAAAAACAUUAUUCAAAGCGA